UUCAGGCAUCAUUCCCGUGGAAGCCUCCCUUGUAUCCAGAUCACGAUGUGGCGUAUCUUCGUGCUGUUGUUCGCGGCGGCUGCACACGCGCAAAUACCCUCGCUGGGAUGGUGCCCGGACUAUCAGCCGAUGGCAAAUUUCAACAUCAACCGUUUCCUGGGCAACUGGUUCGAAGAAGAGCGGUACUUCACGGUCUCCGAGCUGGGCACACGCUGCGUCAACACCAAGUAUGAGGCCACGCCGGAGGGAAGGAUCGUGGUGUCCAAUGAGAUCACUAAUUCUUUAACGGGAAUGAAGCGGGUCCUCGACGGCACCCUACAGAUGAUAGGGCGUGAGGGCGAAGGGCGCAUGAUGGUGAAAUACGCGUCCCUCCCUGUGCCCUACGACACCGAGUUCAGCAUCCUCGACACUGACUACGAUAACUUCGCAGUCAUGUGGUCCUGCAGUGGCAUCGGCCCGGUGCAUAUUCAAAACGCCUGGAUCCUCACCAGAGAGCGUCUGCCACCCCCCAUGAUCAUGCAAAGCGCUUACGGCGUGUUGGACAAAUUCAAGAUCUCCAGAACAUUCUUCGUGAAGACCAACCAGGCUGACUGCCACAUCCUGCCCCGGCCUGCCGCUGUGCCCAUGCUGGAUCUGUUGAAGACUGAUGAUCUUGAAGGCAAAAACGCUGAAGUGAUCGUUGAUAAGGAGGAGAAGAUCCCAAAAGAAGAAAUCAAAAAUGAAGUUAUUGUAGAGCGAUCAGCUGUUCCAGAAAUGUCCGAAGAAGCGAAACCCAUGCAAAUCUCCGAACCAAUGAAAGACUCCGAGAUGAAGGACGACAAAAUGGACAAGCCCAUGGAAAUUAAAGAAGAAAUGAAGAAACCAGAAUUAGAAAUGAAAGAGAAAAUAGACAAGCCAAUGCAAUAAAUUGUUAGUAAUUAAUUAGUAUGGUUGGAGGCUUACAGGAUGGGCUAUUGGACCAAAUAAGUAAUUUCCGAUGUGGACAGUCUGUUUCGAAUGGUUUGCUUUAGUCAGUGCUAAAUAAAGAAAAUAUAAAUACAUAA